AUGACCGCCGAUAAUAGUUACUCGGGCGUGGAGCCAAUCGCGAUUGUCGGCAUGGGUUGUAGAUUUGCUGGCGAUUCCUCGUCCCCUUCCAAGUUGUGGGAAAUGCUGAAAGAAGAACGUUCAGGCCAGUCCGAUUUCCCGAAAAACAGAUUCAACAUUGAUUCUUGGUACAAUCCCACCAAAGGCCGCCCAGGAACUUUGUACGGAAGGGGUGGGUAUUUUCUCAGUCACGAUGACAGCUAUCGAAGUUUCGACCCCUCCUUCUUUGGCAUCAGUCCUUUGGAAGCGACAAGCAUGGAUCCUCAGCAAAGAAAGCUUCUCGAGGUUGUAUACGAGUGCUUUGAGUCAGCUGGUAAAACUUUGGAAGAUGUCUCUGGAUCUGAAACUGCAUGUUAUGUUGGGUGCUUUAACACAGAUUUUAGUCAAUUACAAUCCUGGGAUCCAGAGCUUCGCAUUCCAUACCAGCCGACGGCAAGGAAAUUUCAUUCCGUGCAUCAAGCAAUUACUGAUCUUCAGCAGGGAACAGGUCUGACAAUUUUGAGUAAUCGCAUCAACUAUGUGUUUAAUUUGAAAGGACCAAGUUUGACUGUUGACACGGCUUGUUCUAGCUCUCUGUACGCACUGCAUCUUGCAUGUCAGAGCUUACUGGCUGGUGACUGUACGGCAGCAGUAGUUGGAGGAGCCAAUCUUGUCAUGAGCGUUGAGAAACAGCUUGGAAGUGAGAGUCUUGGUGUCUUAUCUCCAUCGUCCACCUGUCACACAUUUGAUGAAUCUGCAGAUGGCUUUGGUAGAGGCGAUGGUAUCGCUGCGUUGUACAUCAAACGAUUGUCAGACGCCAUAAGCGAUGGAGAUCCUAUCAGAGCCGUCAUUCGAGCCACUGCCAUCAAUUCGAAUGGGAAAGGUCCAGGAAUCAAUCAUCCAGGUCCUAAAGCUCAAGAAGCUGUUAUCCGCAAAGCUUACGCAAAAGCUGGAUUGGCAUUCAAUCAGACCGGAUAUUUUGAGUGCCAUGGGACUGGAACUAGUGUGGGGGAUCCAAUUGAAUGUGCUGCUGUGGGUAAUGUCUUCGCUGAGGGCAGAACAGUUGAGGACCCAUUAUUGAUUGGUUCUGUCAAAACAAAUCUUGGUCACUGUGAAGGAGCAAGCGGCUUGGCUGCUAUUAUAAAAUCGGUCUAUUGCCUUGAAAAGGCAUGUAUUCCAGCAACUAUUGGAGUUAAAAGGUUCAAUCCCAACAUCGACUUCAAGACUGGCCGCUUGCAAGUUGUUUGCUCUAUGACACCUUGGCCAGAGACUGUUAAAUACCGUCGAGUUAGUAUUAACGGUUUUGGGUAUGGAGGGGCAAAUGCUCAUGUCAUACUUGAUGCCACCGAAUCUUUUCUUCGCAAAGUAACAAACGUGCCUGCAUUUAUUGAUACAACUAGAGACACCAAAAAGUACCUUCUUGCAUUUUCUGCUCACGAUCAAGCAACUCUGGUCCGGAAUCACGACGCCAUUUUAUCAGUUGCUUCCAAGCAUGAAAUUCCCGAUCUUGCAUACACUCUUGCUGCACAUCGUAGCAGGUUUCGCCAUCGAGGAUUCAAUAUUUGGAAUGAUGAUCGCUCAGCAACAGACAUUGAGGACAGCAAAUUCGAACUUGGUGUGUCGAGAAAUAUCGCUACUAAUCUAGGGUUUGUAUUUACUGGACAAGGUGCACAGUGGGCACAAAUGGGUUAUUCAUUAAUUCAACACUUCCCGUCAGUACGACGUACCUUCGAACGACUUGAGGCCAGCCUCAGCCUUUUACCGACACCCCCAGAUUUUGGCAUUAUAGAUGUUUUAUCAGCGCCGAAAGAAUCGACUACAUUAUAUCAUUCUGUUCGAUCACCAGUAUGUUGUACCGCAGUCCAAGUUGCGUUGACUAUCUUGCUUCAAUCUUGGGGUGUUCAUCCGAAAGCUGUAGUUGGCCACUCUGCUGGUGAAAUUGCAUCCGCGUUUGCUGCAGGGUUAAUUACAGGAGAAGAAGCUGUUGCGAUUGCUUAUUACAGAGGCAUUGCUGUUUUGAAUUGCAAAGUGGAAGGUGCUAUGUUGGCAGUAGGUCUUGGUGCCGAAGAAGUUCAACCAUACCUCGUAGGUAGGUCCGAUGUAAUCAUUGGAUGCUAUAACUCUCCUCAGAGUGUCACUUUGAGCGGAGGAGAGCAUACAAUUGACGAGAUCAAGAUACUUUUGGUUGAAAAGGAUAUCUUUGCUCGAAAGGUUAACACAUCUGGCAACGCAUACCAUUCUCACUUGAUGGGAUCCGCAGCGAAAGAAUUUACAAGAUUGUUCGAGGCAGUCUAUACUGGAAUGAUUCACUCGCCGACGAGAAAGGUUACGCUCGCAAGGGUACCUCUGUAUUCAUGUAUCACUGGCGAAUUGUUUGAGUUUGAUGAAAUACCGUUCGGCCAUUGGCGCGCUAAUCUUGAAUCGCCGGUUCUGUUCGAUCAGGCAUCUCGCCUUCUCCUCAAUUCACAACCAGAAAUCAACUAUUUUGUUGAAAUUGGACCGCACAGUGCUCUCGCUGGCCCGAUUAGACAGAUUACCACGAGCUUGAGUUUUGAUCAAGCAAGAUUGACAUAUCUACCUUCGUUAAUCAGAGGACACGAUGGAGUAGACAAUAUGCUCAAUUUGGCAGGGACCUUGUUCACUAUAGGCUACCCUAUUGAUCUAGUCCGAGUCAAUUCAACUGAAAUUAUAGACAAAGAUGCAAAUAACGGAAUUAUUUACGAAUCGGGAAAGCUUUUGGUAGAUCUUCCAAGCUAUCAAUGGAACUACGGUGAUCUAUUAUGGAAGGACAAACGGUGGGGUCGGGAACUAUAUUUCCGGAAGCACUGUCAUCACGAUAUUCUGGGUAGUCGCGAACCUGGUGGAUCGCAGAACUCUUACUUGUGGCGAAACCAUCUUCAAAUCGCAUCUGUGCCGUGGCUACGAGAUCACAAGAUUGGCAAUGACUUCAUCUUCCCUGCCGCUGGAUACAUCGCUAUGGCAAUCGAAGCCCUUAUGCAAGUGGCCGAUCACAAAGGCCUUCUGAGCCCUCUACAAGGGUACGCCAUACAAAAUCUCAACAUCACUUCGGCUUUAACAAUUCCUUCCGAAGGGUCGAUAGAAACUCUCGUCAAUGUACUGGAGUUGGCAGGAUCAGCGAAAAACAGUAUUAAGUGGUUUGAUUUCCGUGUAAGCUCAGUCACAGAAGAUGGAAAAUGGGCUGAACAUGGAGCAGGUAUGAUUGGUCUGGUAGAGCCGCUUGAACAUGCCCCACAGCAGAUGCUUCUGACCCAACGGAACAAAGUCUUCAGCGCUAAAAACUGGUAUGCGGCUUUGUCAAAUGUGGGGGUGGAAUUUGGACUAUCAUUUCAAACACUAUCAGACAUCAGCUUUAUCCCUGAAAAGAACGAAGCUAUUGCAAAUAUUGAACUGAACACCACGAAGAAUAUCAUGACCGCGGAAUCACGCUAUGUCAUUCAUCCUACCACCCUUGAUGGAUGUCUCCAGAUAUCAGUCAUGGCAGCUCAUGGUACCACAAAAUCAGUUUCAAAAGCUUUUCUACCUGUCUGUGUUGAUCAGUUGACAGUCUGGACACCUUCAGUAUCUGAUUCGACUACCGAAAGUGCCUCGGUAUAUGCUCAGGGCAAGCUACGUGGGCUCAGAUCAGUUCACGGCGCUGCUAAAGUCUUUUCAGAGAAUGGACAGCUGCUUGUAGAUGGUAGAGUAUCAUUUUUGUCUCUCGAAGGAGGUGUGAAAAACUCAAAAGUCACUGCACCACGACAGCCAUACACUCGUCUUGUAUGGAAACCGGAUGUGGAUAGAAUAGGAACCAACCACCUCCAUCAUCAAUAUGAUACGCAUUCUCUGCUGGAAUCCGAGAAGUUUCGUCUUACGGACUUUAUAGACUUAUUGGUUCAUAAAGGCCGCUCUUUGAAAAUUCUUCAGGUUGGGUGUAGGUCGUUGGAAAGCACUUUGAAGGCACUCCGUGGAAAUUCCUCCCAACCACUUUAUAGUCAGUACACGGUCGUAAGUAAUGAUGGUUCGACUUUAGAGGAGAAACUUUCUCGAGGAUUCAAAAAUAUGGAAUUUCGCUCCUUCGAAAAUGAUAAUUCUAUCACUGGGUCGACACACGACGCUCAGUCUUACGAUCUGAUAAUUUUUUCAGAGAAUGAUGAUAUCGCGAAGAUUACCAACCAACGGUUGAAAGGUUGCAAGGAGUUUUUGAAGCCUAACGGGAAACUCUUGAUAGAUCUCGAUGUCUCUGUAGACCCUGCUCGAGAUACAUUGGCAAAAAACCUCGCAGCGGGCGGGUUCACACAUUACCCAUCAGAAAUAGCUCGAUGCCGAAACCUGAUACUGUGCGAACUGACACAAGUUCUCGACGAAAAUUCUGACAAACAUGAAAGAUUAUGGCUGGUUUACAAAAAUAAUCCGCAUCAUCUCAAUGACGAGAUCACCACAAUAGCAACGCAAUGCGGGAUGUCAACAUCGGCUGUGUCGCUAUUACGUGUUGCAGAGAUUCCCAAGCGCUCGAAAAUAAUAACGACUGCUGAAAUGGAGGGCCCGCUACUAACUCAAAUGACCAGCGACGAGCUAGUAGCAGUUCAAUGCUUAGUCAAGCACGCAUCAUCUGUAAUUUGGGUCACGAAUGGAGGACUCUGUGAUGGAUUUGAGCCAGAAAAGUCACUUGCAUCGGGUUUCGCAAAGACCUUCAUGAACGAGCAACCAUCAUUACGAUUAUCAUGUUUCGAUAUCGAUCCGCUGGAAAAGAAUCUCGCCAGAUCGGCCUCUUUUAUUCUCGAUCAACAAAUCAGGCUUCAAAAUGAGAAAAUCUCUCGAACUGAGAUGUACUUGGCGGAAAAGGGUGGGAUUGUCCAUAUCAGCCGCUUCCUCCCGGACGACGUUGAAAAUUCCAGAUUUGAAGAACGGAUUAACCCCAUAGCGGAAUUGGGAGCCUUUCACAGCAGUUCGUCCUUGGCACUAGACUUCCAGGCUGUAGGUCAGAUUGAUAGCUUCUACUAUACACAAAAGAGAAGCGGCGAAGUCAGCGACAAUUUGAAUCCAGGGGAUAUGUUCGUGGACGCUUCGGCGUACUCUCUGAGCGUAAUGGAAGCCUCAAUACUCAAGGGUCAACAAGAGUCCGAAUUCUUUAGUUAUGAGUCUAUUGCCAUUGUUCGGUCUAUUGGAUCUCAGGUCGUUGAUUUUCAACCAAAUGAUCGUGUUCUAAUUCUCAACCCGGGGAAAUUCGACAACUCAUUCAUCGUUAACCAAAAUUCGUGCCACAAAUUGUUUCCUGACGAUAAGAUUGAGGACUUAGCUGGACUAUUCGUACCGCUAUGCUCUGCAAUAUACGCAUUAGAUAACUUCAUCAGACCUAGAAAGCGGGAGCCCAUUCUUGUCCACCUGCCUGGUGAUUAUUUGUUGGCUUCGAUGUUCUUACAGACAGGUCGCCACAGAAACCUUGAGAUGUUUGUAACCUAUACGACUGAAUCUGAAAAGGAACACUUCCUACGGACAGAAAACGUGCAUGUAGAUCGUCUAGUCCCAGCAAACACGAAUACCUGGGUGAGGAACUUCAUGAGCUUGGCUGGACGGUCCGGGGUACGUAAUAUCAUUACAUCAGCUGCAGCAAAAAAUCACCAAGAUUUGUGGAAGUGUCUAAAGAAGGGUGGAAAGUAUUUGCUGCUCGGUGGAGGUUCUAACGUACCUAAUUUACUAACAUUUGACAAAUCCGUUUUCGCUGGGGGUGCCAGUUUCAUCACAUUUGACAUAUUGGACAUUCUUCGAGAAGGGGGUGAGGAUGUCAAAGAGUUGCUUCAAGAAGCUUUCGCAUUAUAUCGCUCUGGGUAUCUUGUUCCGCCGUCUUCGCAAUCGUUAGAUAUUUCGAAGCUCCCAAAUGCUGUUUCUACUGCUUCUAGCUUGGAAAGUUAUGACAGAGUGAUACUGGAGUGUAAUCCAGAUUCCAACGUUCCGUGUCGAAUAGCUCAUACGCAAUUGUCGUUUGAUUCGUCUGCGACAUUUCUCAUGAUAGGAUGUCUUGGAGGGCUAGGACGAAGCGUUAGCUCUUGGAUGGCCGAAAGAGGUGCUCGUCACUUUGUAUUUCUAUCUCGAUCUGGUGGACAAAAGCCAGAAGCUCUAAUACUUUUGGACGAGCUUGAGCUAUAUUCCAAGAAGAUUGAUGUCGAAAUAUCAGUACAAAUUAUUCGUGGAGAUGUUUCUGUCCGUGAAGAUGUGGACAAAGCCGUUGCGGCUGCUAAAAUGCCAAUCAGAGGCGUCAUCCAUGCGGCAGCAGUUUUUCAGACAUGUCUGUUUGAGAACAUGACGGUGGAAAAGUUCCAUGAGGUCCUCAACCCGAAAGUGCAAGGGACCAUCAACCUCCACCAAGCAUUGUUCCACGAACCUUUGGACUUCUUCGUCAUGACUAGCUCUUCGCUCGGAAUUAAAGGAACAGCGACUCAAAGUAGCUACGCAGCUGCAAACGCUUUCAUGGAUUCUAUGGCGAGACAUCGUCGGAACCUUGGAAUGCAGGCUUCGUCUCUUUCGUUAGGCGUGGUUCAAGAGAUUGGGCACGUGGAAGAAACUCCUGAAAUGGAAUCUGCAAUGCUUCAGAACGGUGUAUAUGGUAUCACAGAGGCGGAAUUCCUGUCGAUGAUGGAACUUGCCUGUCAAUUACGCGAUGUCGGAUAUCCUGCUACUUCGACCAUGACCUUUGAUCGGUAUUCGGACGCGCAUAUAAUUACUGGUUUAGAGAAUCUCGCUCUUAACCGCGACACAAUCUGGCUCAAAGAUGAACGAUUCCAAAAUUUGGCAAUUGGGAGCGUACCCUCAACCAACACUGUGGCUGAAAAUUCGAGCACACUCACAAUUCUCAAGAAUGCUUCAAAAGCUGGGGGUCAGGCUUCUGUCAAGAAUGCAGUAAAAGAUAUUAUCUUGAAAGGGCUAUCGAAGAUGUUGUUAAUCCCGAGUGAAAGGUUGGAAGAUGCCAUGUCAAUGCCAUUGGCGGAUCUUGGUAUGGAUAGCAUGCUUAGUAGUGAUUUACGGGCGCUGGCGUGGAAGGAAUUCAAUGCAGAUGUGCCAUUCCUCAAAAUCUUGGAGAAGGGGUUUUUGCUGGAGGAAUUGAUGGAUUUGGUUUGGGAGAAGAUGGACGCGGAAUUGAAAUAUGGAGCUGCUUGA